UACGGUGUGUAAUGUCAAUGUCAUGUGGGUAUGUCAUAGUGACAUAUAAUUAACAACAAAAUUGAAUCAUCAUAUAAAUUUAUUCAGUUUUAUUGUGCAAGUGUUUUGUAAACAGCUGUUUUAAUACUCGUAACUAAAUACUUUCAAUAAUGGAAAAUUUUUCAUCUUACCAAAACAGUAGUCAGGGUCGAGAACAGGAUUUCCAAAAGCUUUCUGAAAAGAUUGGCUCUAGUAUUCAAAAAAUAUCUCAAAAUGUUUCUUCUAUGCAACGAAUGAUAAAUCAAAUUGGUACACAUCAGGAUUCUCGAGAUUUACGAACACAAUUACAUACAAUCCACCAGUAUACCCAACAACUCGUUAAAGAUACUAUUGGUUAUAUUAAAGAACUUAAUGCUAUACCACCAGUUUCAAUACAAUCUGAACAACGUCAGAGGAAAAUGCAGAAAGAAAGAUUACAAGAUGAAUUUACUUCUACUCUCAAUGCAUUCCAAGCAGCUCAGAGAAAAGCUGCUCAAAAAGAAAAGGAAGAGGUAAACAAAGUAAAAGCUCAGGCAAUGGGAGAUCCAAUUUCAAGUUUCAAAAAAGAUCCCCAGCUAAUUGAGUUGCAAGGUGGUAAUGUUAACAAAUUUCAACAGCAAGUUCAGAUGCAAGAUGAAUCUGAAUUAGAAUCAUUACAAGAGCAAGAAAGAGCAAUCAGACAACUUGAAACCGACAUAAAUGAUGUUAAUCAAAUAUUUAAAGAAUUGGGAGCAAUGGUCCAUGAACAAGGAGGAAUUGUUGAUAGCAUAGAGGCAAGUGUUGAGAGUACACAAGAUUAUGUUUCACAAGGAACACAACAACUACGAGAAGCUAGUAAUUACAAAAACAAAAUCAGAAAGAGAAAAUUAAUAUUAGCAAUCAUUCUUGGAGUAAUAUUGACAAUUAUAGUAAUUAUAAUUAUAUGGCAAGCUAAAAGUUAAACAUUUUGCGGAAUGUGUGACAUAUGUCAUGUUAUUGCUUUGAAGAAUUAAAUUUAAUUUGUUUAGUAUUAUAUAAUCCAACUCUUUUUAUUAUAGUAAGUAGCUAACAGGACACUUAAAGUACUUUUAUUAGUUACAAAAACAAAACUAUCAUAAUUUUUAGUCAAAAUGAUCGAGAUUAUGUUGGUGUGCGUGUACCUUUUUACAGGUCAUUUAACAACUUCAAAGCAUUAACAAUGCUUUAGAUUGUUUUAAAAUAAAUAUAAUUAUUAGUAUUGCAAACAACCACUCCAUUAGUUAUUUCUUAUAAAUAUGUAUAUUGUUUUAAAUUUAUAAAUACAGAACUGAUG